AUGUGACCAUAUCAUGUGACUCUUAGGAAAAUCAAUCUUACUGUGCAGUGGUUUUAGUAACGACGUCCGACAACAUGAGGAAGGUAGUACCUUUUUUUACGGUAACAGUAGUCCUGUGUUCUGUUGGGGGGCAGAAUGCCCUGCCACACAGCUAUGUUCAGCCAAGAAAACAUCAUGGAUUCAAGACAGAACCCCAGUUCACAGAGAAGUAUUUCAGUCAGACUCUGGACCACUUCAACUUUAACAGCAUGGGGAACGGGACAUUCAAUCAGCGUUACCUGAUCACAGAUAAGUACUGGAAGAAGGGCGAUGGUCCUAUUUUCUUCUACACUGGUAAUGAGGGAGACAUCUGGGAGUUUGCACUCAACUCUGGUUUCAUCACAGAGUUAGCUGCACAGCAGGCAGCUUUAGUCAUAUUUGCUGAACAUAGGUACUAUGGCAGAUCUUUGCCCUUUGGCAAAGAGUCCUUCAACAUCCCUCAGAUCAGCCUGCUGACAGUGGAGCAGGCCCUCGCCGACUACGCUGUUAUGAUUACGGCGCUGAAACAGCAACUGGCAGCCACAGACUGUCCUGUCAUCGUGUUUGGUGGCAGUUAUGGUGGGAUGCUGUCGGUCUACAUGAGACUCAAGUAUCCAAACAUCGUGGCUGGAGCUCUGGCUGCCAGCGCCCCCAUACUCUCCACCGCAGGGCUGGGAGAUUCCAGGCAGUUUUUCAGAGAUGUUACAGCUGAUUUUGAGAGUGUUGCCCCUGAAUGCAGAGAUGCUGUGAGAGGAGCUUUCCAUCAGCUGAAGGAAUUAGCUGAACGCCAAGAUUACAGUCGCAUCCAGUCAGAGUUCUCCCUGUGUAAGCCUCCGACAUCUGAUCAGGACAUCCACCAGCUGAACGGCCUGCUGAGGAAUGCCUUCACUCUGAUGGCCAUGUUGGAUUACCCCUACAGCACUCACUUCAUGGGCAACAUGCCUGCCAACCCUGUCAAGGUGGCCUGUGAAACCAUGCUGAGUGGAUCUGACCUGCUCACCAACCUCAGGAAGACUGCAGGGAUUGUGUACAACUCCACCGAGGUGCUGAGCUGUUUUGACCUGUACAGUUUGUAUUUGGAGUGUGCUGAUCCCACUGGCUGUGGACUGGGCUUCGACAGCCUGGCCUGGGACUAUCAGGCUUGCACAGAAAUUGAUCUGUGCUAUGAGAGCAAUAAUGUGACGGACAUGUUUCCUCCCAUGGGCUUCACUGAGACAGACCGUGUACUUUACUGCUCCAAGCGCUGGGCUGUGGUUCCACGACCAGAGUGGCUCAAAACCCAGUUCUGGGGUGAUGCCCUCUCUACAGCCAGCAACAUUAUUUUCUCCAAUGGAGAUCUGGACCCAUGGGCAAAUGGAGGGGUACGCAAGUCCUUGAGCUCCUCACUAAUAGCUGUCAACAUUUCUGGAGGAGCCCAUCAUCUGGAUCUCAGAGGGUCUAAUGAUGCUGAUCCAGUGUCAGUUAUCAGUGCCAGGAAGAUGGAAGCAGACCUCAUUGUACAGUGGGUGAAGAUGGAGCGGACCAGAUUAAGACAGUCAACUUAAAAGCACGGGAUCUGAGUGUCUCAGGACUGAACAUAAAACCAGUUAUUUCUUUCAAAUCAAAUAAGUCCCUUCUAAUACAAUUGUACCAGAAUUCAUCUUCAAGUUGUUGCUGGCCCACAAUACAAUACACAGCAGGAAUGGAGGGUCAGCUUACAUCUGCUGAAUAUUAAAACUGAUCCUGGAUGGUAGUGAUAGUUUAAUGAAAAUCAUUAAACUACAAAUCAUGUUUUGCAUUGUUCAUCACAUUUCAAGAUUCUACAAAGGCAACAGGAUUACAAACAAACAUGCCCACCGCCAUUUUCUCAAGUUUCACUGAUUUAUUUUUUUUUCAAAUUGCUUGUUUUGUCCAACCAGCAGUCCAAACUCAAAUGUAUUCCAUUAAUCAUGGAAGAUUAUUGAAAAACAGCUUCUAUUUACAGAAGAGGGCCUGGUCCAGAAGCUGGAACCUAUAAAUCUGGACGUGUUAGCUUAGAAAAAUUACAAAUCAUCUUUAAGAUCCAUGAAGUCAAUCCAAAUACAGUACAAUAUUGCUUCUACUGCAGACCUGCUGUGUUUCCUGAGUCAAUCAUCGACACAAAUGUUCUGUUUCUGUUAAUAAAAUGUUUAAUUUUUUUUGUACAAAA